AUGACCUGCUUCCCCCCAUCCCCUUCCGUGCUUCCCCCAAUCCCCUUCCGUGCUUCCCCCCAUCCCCUUCCGUGCUUCCCCUCAUCCCCUUCCGUGCUUCCCCCCAUCCCCUUCCGUGCUUCCCCCCAUCCCCUUCCGUGCUUCCCCCCGUCCCCUUCCGUGCUUCCCCCCAUCCCGUUCCCUGCUUCCCCCCAUCCCCUUCCGUGCAUCCCCCCAUCCCCUUCCGUGCUUCCCCUCAUCCCCUUCCGUGCUUCCCCCCAUCCCCUUCCGUGCUUCCCCCCAUCCCCUUCCGUGCUUCCCCCUGUCCCCUUCCGUGCUUCCCCCCAUCCCCUUCCCUGCUUCCCCCCAUCCCCUUCCGUGCUUCCCCCCGUCCCCUUCCGUGCUUCCCCUCAUCCCCUUCCGUGCUUCCCCCCAUCCCCUUCCGUGCUUCCCCUCAUCCCCUUCCGUGCUUCCCCCCAUCCCCUUCCGUGCUUCCCCCCAUCCCCUUCCCUGCUUCCCCCCGUCCCCUUCCGUGCUUCUCCCCAUCCCCUUCCCUGCUUCCCCCCAUCCCCUUCCGUGCUUCCCCUCAUCCCCUUCCGUGCUUCCCCCCAUCCCCUUCCGUGCUUCCCCUCAUCCCCUUCCGUGCUUCCCCUCAUCCCCUUCCGUGCUUCCCCCCAUCCCCUUCCGUGCUUCCCCCCAUCCCCUUCCGUGCUUCCCCCCGUCCCCUUUCGUGCUUCCCCCCAUCCCCUUCCCUGCUUCCCCCCAUCCCCUUCCGUGCUUCCCCCCGUCCCCUUCCGUGCUUCCCCCCAUCCCCUUCCGUGCUUCCCCUCAUCCCCUUCCGUGCUUCCCCCCAUCCCCUUCCGUGCUUCCCCUCAUCCCCUUCCGUGCUUCCCCUCAUCCCCUUCCGUGCUUCCCCCCAUCCCCUUCCGUGCUUCCCCCAAUCCCCUUCCGUGCUUCCCCUCAUCCCCUUCCGUGCUUCCCCCCAUCCCCUUCCGUGCUUCCCCCCAUCCCCUUCCCUGCUUCCCCCCAUCCCGUUCGCUGCUUCCCCCCAUCCCCUCCCUGCUUCCUCCAUCCUCUCGCACUCUCACUCUCCUUCCCCCACCCUCUGCCCUGUUCCCACCUAGCUUCCCCCCAUCCCUGCCUUUUCCUCCCACCCUCCUUCCCCCACUCUCCUUCCUCCUGCACUCUCUCCCUCCGUCCUCUCGCACUCUCACUCUCCUGCACCCUCUGCCCUGUUCCCACGUGCCCUCCCCAUCCCUGCGUUUUCCCUUCCCUCCCCCAGCCGUUCACAACCCUUCUCUUCCUUUUCAUGCCCUACCCUUCCCCCUCACUCCUCACCUUCCACCCUCUAAUGCCCAUGCAUGCUUGCUCACUCUCUUACAGAUAUGGUGA